UCCCCGCUCCAGCAGCAUGAACUACACCACCCGCUCCACCAUGUCCACCAGCUACCGGUCCCUGGGCUCUGUGCGGCCCCCCAGCCAGCGGUUCCGGCCGGCCACCAGCUCGGCCAGCGUCUACGCAGGCGCUGGGGGCUCUGGCUCCCGGAUCUCCAAGUCCAGCUACACCAGCUUCAGGAGCAGCCAGGUGUCCGGAGGCCUGGGGUCCCGGGUGGCCAGAGGUCUGGCAGGCAUGGGGAGCAUCCAGGGCGAAAAGGAGACCAUGCAAGAACUGAACGACCGCCUGGCCAUCUACCUGGAGAGGGUGCGAAGCCUGGAGUCUGACAACCAGAAGCUAGAGAGCAAGAUCCGGGAGCACAUGGAGAAGAAGGGACCCCAGGUCAGAGACUGGAGCCAUUACAUGAAGAUCAUCAAGGAGCUAAAGGAAGAGAUCUAUACAAAUUCCGUGUACAAUGCCAGCAUCGUCCUGCAGAUUGACAAUGCCCGGCUGGCUGCUGAUGACUUCAGAGUCAAGUAUGAGACAGAGCUGGUCAUGCGCCAGUCCGUGGAGAGUGACAUCCACGGACUCCGCAAGGUCAUCGAUGACACCAACGUCACUCGGCUGCAGCUGGAGACGGAGAUCGAGACCCUUAAGGAGGAGCUGCUCUCCAUGAAGAAGAACCACGAGGAGGAAGUCAAGGGUCUGCAAGCCCAGAUUGCCAACUCUGGGUUGACUGUGGAGGUUGACGCCCCCAAGCCUCAGGACCUCAGCAAGGUCAUGGCAGACAUCCGGGCCCAGUAUGAUGAGCUGGCUCGGAAGAACCAAGAGGAGCUGGAAAAGCACUGGACUCACCAGAUCGAGGAGAGCACCACAGUGGUCACCAUGCAGAGCACUGAGCUGGAUGACGCACAGGCCAACCUCACGGAGCUGAGACGCACCCUCCAGUCCCUGGAGAUCGAGCUGGAAUCCAUGGGAAACCAGAAGGCCGGCCUGGAGAACAGCCUGAGAGAGGUGCAGGCCCACUACGCCCUCCGCAUGGAGCAGCUCAACAGGAUCCUGAUGCACCUGGAGUCGGAGCUGGCCCAGAUCCGGGCGGAGGGGCAGCGCCAGGCGCAGGAGUAUGAGUCGCUGCUGAACAUCAAGGUCAAGCUGGAGGCUGAGAUCAGUAAUUACCGCCGCCUGCUUGAAGAUGGGGAGGACUUCAAACUCAGCGACGCCCUGGACAUCAGCAACUCCAUGCAGACCAUCCACAAGACCACCACCCGCAAGAUUGUGGAUGGCAGAGUGGUGUCUGAGGUCAGUGACACCAAAGUCGUGAAGCACUGAGAAGUGGGGCGCCCUUGGGGGAACAGGUCAAUAAAAAUUCUGAGGUCACUGCA